CUUGGUACUACGAUCACUGUGGACCGAUUGGGUCAAGCAUUAUAGACAUUCGAAGACACGACUACUUCGAGCUGUUCUGUAAGCAUAUCUCGGCGAUGACGUAUGCAACUCCUCAGGAGUUUGGUUUCAGCCCUCAUUUUACUACUUCCAACUGGCCACUUCCUCAUGACAAGCAAUGAAUAACCGUUGAAGGUCGGGUCAUUUCAUUCGAUCCCUCUACACCGAUAUAUAUGCUGCCCGCGGUCUUAUUGGAAGAUGCACAUCCGUUUUUGCUGCGAAUAUACAGGACGAUGUUAGUGGCCAAGAUUGUCCAUGCGUGCUCAAACUGUCGUAUCAGCCGUCCCAUCGCAACCCGUCAGAAGUGGAUCAUUACCGACUGCUUUCCACGAAAGGGAUUAAGGGCAUACCCCAAAUCCUCUGCUCGGAAAAGCUCGACAGCCUCGAGGACGGCCCACGCGGAGCCCUUAUGAAAUACGUUUCAAACUAUAAAUUUGGCCCAAUGCGGUACUUGGAGGCUAUCGUCAUGGCCGACGUGCUUAAACCCAUAACGUCUAUCAACACUAACCUGGAAACUAAACUCUUUUUUCAAAUAUUCCUCUCCAUCAUUGAAACACAUCAUCAAGCAUAUGAAGUGACAGGGUUGCUUCAUCGUGACAUUCACACAAACAACUUAAUGUGGAAGAUCGUGGACGGACAGCCCGUUGGAAUGCUGAUUGACUGGGAUUUCAGUAAUCGCUUUCACCCUCAUCCAUUCCUCGCGGUCGAUCUACUCGAGAAAGAACCACAUCCUCGCCUCUAUCGCCAUGAUCUCGAGUCUUUCUUUUGGGUCCUGUGGACUAUCGUUCUGACGAGAGCUGAUGUUGCUGGAUUGGACGAAUUUGUGAAGGUGUCCAGAUGGGAACAAGGCGAUUUGAAUGAACGCAAGACUUGGAAGAUGGCUUUCCUUGACCGAGGACAUGAAGCUGUUGUCCGUCGGCUGAAGGAAAGUACAAAGACCGGCCUUUCCCACCCUAGCGUCGUAGAGUGCCUUCUACGGUUGAGUCACCUUAUUUCUGAUGGUCAGGACGCGUUGCGGCUGCAGGCAAACAGGAGACGUCUCGCGAUCGCAAGUAUGGUCUGUGGCACGCUGGUGGUGGGAGAAUGGAUCGGCGAGAGGACGAGAGCUGAUAUUCCAGCAGCCCAGAUAU